CUAUCCAUCUAUCCAUCCAUCCAUCCAUCCAUCAUUAACUGCUCCGUGUUGUGUUUCAGUGCCAUGACAGCCAGUCAUCCUCUAGUUGUGACGAUUUUCAUGGCUGCCGAGAGCUUCACAGACAUGAACAAGUGGAUCAGUAAACUGUCCGAAGCAGCCGAGCCGUGUGAACUGAUCAACGCCAAAGAGUGCUACAGCGAAGGCAGCGAUCAGGACGCUGACGAGUGUGUGGCCACUUCCUGUUCUCUGAACUCUGAGCAGGAAAUAGCUGAUUCUGAAAAUGGAGACGUUCCUCAGCCUCUCGGUGAGUCGUCCCCCUGCACCUCCACCUCGCCAGCUUCACCGACCAGUGAAAACAGAAGAAGAAGCACCUUGGAGGGGAGGACUUUAAGUAGAAACAGAAGAGGAAGAGCGUCAUCAGAGGGCGGUGAACGCCUGUCCUGGCUGGAACCGGCCGGGCCUGACGGAGCGUCCCUCCCUCCGAUCCACGUCGGAGGAGAAACGGAAGACGAGGACGUCCACGAGAAGCCCGCUGAUGAGAUGGAGAGCCUGUACAACGACCUGAAGGCAGCCAGCUUGUCUCCGAUUGGACAGUCCAGUCGGAGGGACUUCAGAGAGUCGUUCGUCAGACGAUGUCAGAACGACAAAGUCAACGACAAGCUUCACCUGCUCCGGAUCCUCCAAAGCACACUGAAGGCCAAAGAGUCGGAGCUGCUGGCGUUGGAGCAGAUCCUGACCGCCCCGGCCCUUGCGGCGCCCACAUACAGGAAGUGGAGACUCUCCAACGCCGUGGUGCUGCAGGAGAUCGCUCAACGCCACCAGGAGAUCGCUCAACGCCACCAGGAGAUCGCUCAACGCCACCAGGCAGCAGGAGGCGCAGCACAGCUGGGAUAAACUCCGGUUCCUCGCUGAAACACUGCUGGCUGAACUGGGACCAAACUGCUAAACAUGGGAUCUCCAUCCAGACGGCAGUGGUGGAAAGUAACUAAGUACAUUAGUCCAGUACUGAAAGGGUAACUUUUCAACCUGGACACUAUUCUCCCAUGGGUUUGUGUCUAAGGGACUAAAAAUUUGAAAUUGGUCCACCAUUAAGCGAGAAACAAGCUGCACUAUAACGUUAAAGGGCAGUUGCGCGCCGUCAGUUCUGAGUCCACUAAAAGUGCUGUUUUUUUGCCACUGACAGGCUCAGAUUAUUAUAAUUUAUAGAUAUAUUAUAUAUAAGUGUCUGUCAACAU